CCCACGGGCGAUGACCCCACGGUCACUCGGGUGGGGACGGGGGGGUCCCUCCCGUUGUCCCCCCCACCGCAGACCCCUGACCUGGCCGUCCCCGUCCCUGUCCCCAGGGGAUCAGAUCGUCAGCGCCACCGUCUACUUCGACAAGCUGCAGUCGGGGGAGGCGGCGCAGCUGCUGCAGAGCAUGGGCCAGCACACGCUGGGGCUGCGGCUGCAGCGCCGCGGCGACCGCUCGCCCCUGGCCGGACACGGCUGCGGCACGCUGGCCUUCGCGCCCGGCAGCCCCGAGGUCGUGCUGAGCGGCGAUGACGAGGAGUACCAGCGCAUCUACACCACCAAAAUCAAACCGCGGCUCAAGUCCGAGGAGGGGCCGGAGGCCGAGGCCGGGGGCACGCAGAGCAGAACCAUCACGGUCACCCGCAAGGUCACCGCCUACACCGUGGACGUCACCAGCCACGACGGCGACCUCGGCGUCAUCGGCGGCCCCGAGCUCGGCGCCGACAUCCGAGUGGGGCCGGGGCACCCGCCCGAGACGCCUGAGGGGCUUCACCUGCGCACAGAGCCCCAGAGCCAAAUUCCUGGUGGAGAAACUGGAAAAUCCCUGCCGGGCUGGAAGGGCUCCGCCGCCUCGCCGGGCGCGCCCCGGAUCGAGGCCAACGGACAGUUUGGAGAGCUGGAUGGGUCAUUCCACGUGUCCGGCGGCGCUCCGUGUCUGCAGGGGGAGCUCAGCGGCUCCUCGCCGCCCGUGGACGUGGGGAAGAUCAAGAUCCCGACGUUAAAAAUCCCCAAAUUCGGGGUCCAGGCCGGCGGCGAGGCUGCGGCCCCGCAGGUGGGCGCCGGGGCGGACGUCACCUGCUCGCCCGCACCGGACUUUUCGUCCCCGUCCGGCAAAGCCCCACAGGUGGACGUGGCGGUCAAAGGUGCCACCAAGGUCCCCUCCCCUCCUCUGGACGUCCCCGGCGUGGAGGCCCCGGCCCCGGACGGCGCCAAGGGGAAAAUCAAAAUCCCGCACUUGACCUUCCCCAAAUUCACCGCGCAGGGUGACGGCGACAGCGUGGAUGUCCCCAAGGGCGUGGCCGUGCCCGAGGUGGCCCUGGAAGGAGAAUGGAAAGGCCCCACCUUCAAGAAGGUGGAAACGCCCCACAUUUCACUGUCGGACGUGAACCUGAACCUGAGGGGCCCCAGAGGGGAAGGGGACCUCAAAGGACUCGGCCCCAAGGGGCUCCAGGUGGACGUGGCCGGGCCUGGGGGUGGCCUGAAGGGCGUGGAGAUGGACAUUGACGUGAAGGGGCUGAAGGGAGGAGUGGACGUGUCCGUGCCGAGCGUGGGGGCCGAAUUGAGGGGGCCCCAGAUGGACCUUAAAGGGCCCCAAAUUGGGGUGGAGGUGCCCGGAGUGGACAUCAAGGGCCCCGCAGUGAAGGUGCCCGAGAUGAGCGUCAAGACCCCCCAAAUCUCCGUGCCCGACGUCGAUCUCAGCCUCAAAGGGCCCGGAGUGAAGGGAAAUUUGGAUGCUUCUGCCCCAAAACUGGAGGGGGAGCUGAAGACCCCCGGAGUGGACAUCAAAGGCCCCAAAGUCGAGGUUGGGAGCCCCGAAAUGGAGAUCCAGGGGCCCGAGGGGAAACUGAGGUUCCCCAAGCUGAAAAUGCCCAAAUUUGGGGUGAAGGGAGAGACCCCCAGCGUCGACGUGACCCUUCCCAAAGGCAGUGUGGACGUCUCCUGCCCCAAGGUGGACGUCAGCGUCCCGAGCGUGGACAUCAAGGGCCCCAAAGUGGACGUUGAAGCCCCCGACGUGGACAUUCACGGCCCCGAGGGGAAAUUCAAGAUGCCCAAGUUCAAGAUGCCCAAAUUUGGGAUGCCCGGGGUCAAGGCAGAAGGUCCCGAGCUGGACGUGAACCUCCCAAAGGGCGGCCUGGAGGUGUCCGGCCCCAAGGUGGACGUUGAGGCGCCGAGUUUGGACAUCCAGGGGCCCGAAAUGCACCUGAAGGCCCCCAAAAUCUCCGUGCCGGACGUCGACCUGACCCUGAACGGUGCCAAGGUCAGCGGCGACCUGGACUUGUCCGUGCCGGGUUUGAAGGGCCCCGAGCUGGACGUCAAAGGCCCCAAAGUCGAGGUUGAAGCCCCGGAUUUGGACAUCCAAGGCCCCGAGGGCAAACUGAAGUUCCCCAAGCUGAAAAUGCCCAAAUUUGGGGUGAAGGGAGAGAGCCCCGACCUGGAGGUGACGCUCCCCAAGGGCGGAGUGGAGGUUUCGGGUCCCGGCAUCGCCGUCGAGGUCCCCGGCGUGGAGCUGAAGGGCCCCAAGGUGAAGGUGCCCGAGGUGGGCUUCAAAACCCCCCAGAUCUCCAUGCCCGACAUCGACCUGAACCUCAAAGGGCCCAAAGUCAAGGCAGAUUUGGACGUUUCCACCCCAAAACUGGAAGGGGAGCUGAAAACCCCCGGGCUGGACCUCAAAGGCCCCAAAGUCGAGGUUGAAGCCCCGGAUUUGGACGUCCAAGGCCCCGAGGGCAAACUGAAGUUCCCCAAGAUGAAAAUGCCCAAAUUUGGGGUGAAGGGAGAGAGCCCCGACCUGGAGGUGACGCUCCCCAAGGGGCAGGUGGACGUUUCUGCCCCCAAGGUGGACAUCGACGUCCCCAGCGUGGACGUGGAAGGGCCGGAUGUCAAAGGGAAAGGCCUCAAGUUCAAAAUGCCCGAACUCAACGUUCAGACCCCAAAACUCUCCAUGCCAGACGUGGAUCUGGGCUUGAAGGCCCCGAAACUGAAAGGGGACGUCGGAAUUGCCGGGCUGAAGGGCCCAAAAAUCGACGUGAAAGGCCCCAAAGUGGAUGUGGAAAGUGCUACAAUCGACGUGGAAGGUCCCAAGUUGGAUGUGGAAGGUCCCAAGUUGGAUGUUGACGUGCCCGAGGUGGACUUGGAAUGUCCAGAAGGGAAGAUGAAAGGCCCCAAAUUCAAGAUGCCGAAACUCAACAUCAAAUCCCCCAAAAUCUCGAUGCCGGACGUGGAUUUGAACCUGAAGGGACACAAAGUGAAGGGAGAGGUGGACGUGUCCCUCCCCAAGGUCGAAGGUGACAUCAAGGGGCCGAAGGUGGACGUGGAGGUCCCGGACGUGCACCUGGAGGGUCCAGAGGCCAAACUGAAAAUGCCCAAAAUGAAAUUGCCUCAUUUCAACGUGUCUGGCCCCAAAAUGGAGGGGGCCGAGGUGGACGUGAGCCUGCCCAAAGGAGAGGUGGACGUCUCUGGGCCGGAGGUGGACAUUGAGGGGCCGGAGGUGGACGUUGGAGGAGCGGAAGGAAAAUGGAAAGGUCCCAAAUUCCGGAUGCCGAAGCUGAACAUCAAACCCCACAAAAUCUCCGUGCCGGAUGUGGACCUGAACCUGAAGGGACCCAAAGUGAAGGGAGAUGUGGACGUGUCCCUCCCCAAGGUGGAAGGGGAAUUGAAAGCUCCAGAAGUGGACAUAAAAGGGCCGAAAGUGGACGUGGAGGUGCCCGGUGUGGAUCUGGAAGGCCCCGAGGGGAAGAUCAAAGGCCCCAAGUUCAAGAUGCCUGAGAUGCACAUCAAGACACAGAAGAUCUCCGUGCCCGAUGUGGACAUCAACCUGAAGGGCCCCAAGGUCAAGGGCGACGUGGACGUGUCCCUCCCAAAGCUGGAGGGGGACCUGAAGGGCCCUGAAAUUGACCUCAAGGGCCCCAAGGUGGACAUUGAGGCACCCGAUGUGGACAUUCACGGGCCUGAGGGGAAAUUCAAGAUGCCCAAGUUCAAGAUGCCCAAAUUUGGGAUGCCCGGGGUCAAAGCAGAAGGCCCCGAGGUGGACGUGAACCUCCCGACAGGAAACCUGGAUGUGUCCGGCCCCAGGGUGGACGUUGAAGGUCCGGAGGUGGACGUGGAGCUGCCGGAGGGGAAGGUGAAGGGCCCCAAGUUCAAGAUGCCCGAGAUGCAUUUUAAGACCCCCAAGAUCUCCAUGCCUGACAUCGAUUUGAAUCUAAAGGGUCCAAAACUGAAGGGAGAUGUGGAUGUCUCUGUCCCCAAGCUCGAGGGUGACCUGAAAGGUCCUGAAAUCGACAUCAAGGGCCCCAAAGUGGACAUUGAAGCACCCGACGUGGACAUUCACGGCCCCGAGGGGAAAUUCAAGAUGCCCAAGUUCAAGAUGCCCAAAUUUGGGCUGAAGGGAGAAGGCCCCGAGGUCGACGUGAACCUCCCAAAGGGAGACCUGGAUGUGUCCGGCCCCAAGGUGGACAUUGAAGGCCCAGAGGUGGACGUGGAGCUGCCAGAGGGGAAGAUCAAAGGCCCCAAGUUCAAGAUGCCCGAGAUGCACAUCAAGGCCCCCAAAAUCUCCAUGCCCGAUGUCGACUUCAACCUCAAAGGCCCCAAACUGAAGGGAGACAUCGAUGUUUCUGCUCCAAAGCUGGAAGGGGACCUGAAAGGUCCUGAAAUUGACAUCAAGGGCCCCAAAGUGGACGUUGAUGUGCCUGACGUGGACAUUCAUGGGCCUGAGGGGAAAUUCAAGAUGCCCAAGUUCAAGAUGCCCAAAUUUGGGCUGAAGGGAGAAGGCCCCGAGGUUGACGUGAACCUCCCAAAGGGAGACCUGGAUGUGUCCGGCCCCAAGGUGGACAUUGAAGGCCCAGAGGUGGACGUGGAGCUGCCAGAGGGGAAGGUGAAGGGUCCCAAGUUCAAGAUGCCCGAGAUGCACUUCAAAACCCCCAAGAUCUCCAUGCCCGACAUCGACCUCAACCUGAAGGGCCCCAAACUGAAGGGAGACGUCGAUGUCUCUGUCCCUAAGCUGGAAGGGGACCUGAAAUGUCCUGAAAUCGACAUCAAGGGCCCCAAAGUCGGUGUUGACCUGCCUGAUGUUGAGCUGGAAGGUCCCGAGGGGAAGAUCAAAGGCCCCAAGUUCAAGAUGCCCGAGAUGCACAUCAAGGCCCCCAAGAUCUCCAUGCCCGACGUCGACUUCAACCUCAAAGGCCCCAAAGUGAAAGGUGACAUCGAUGUUUCUGCUCCAAAGCUGGAAGGGGAUCUGAAGGGCCCCGAAAUCGACAUCAAGGGCCCCAAAGUGGACGUUGAUGUACCCGACGUGGACAUUCACGGGCCUGAGGGGAAAUUCAAAAAGCCCAAAUUCAAAAUGCCCAAAUUUGGGCUGAAGGGAGAAGGCCCCGAGGUCGACGUGAACCUCCCAAAGGGAGACCUGGAUGUGUCUGGCCCCAAGGUGGACGUUGAGAUGCCGAGUGUGGACAUUGAGGGCCCAGAGGGGAAGGUGAAGGGCCCCAAGUUCAAGAUGCCCGAGAUGCACAUCAAGGCCCCCAAGAUCUCCAUGCCCGACAUCGACCUGAACCUGAAGGGCCCCAAAGUCAAGGGGGGUGUCGAUGUCUCCGUCCCCAAACUGGAAGGUGACCUGAAGGGCCCAGAACUGGACAUCAAGGGCCCCAAAGUGGACGUUGAUGUGCCCGACGUGGACAUUCACGGGCCUGAGGGAAAAUUCAAGAUGCCCAAGUUCAAGAUGCCCAAAUUUGGGCUGAAGGGAGAAGGCCCCGAGGUGGACGUGAACCUCCCGACAGGAAACCUUGAUGUGUCCGGCCCCAAGGUGGAUGUUGAAGGUCCAGAGGUGGGCGUGGAGCUGCCAGAGGGGAAGAUCAAAGGCCCCAAGUUCAAGAUGCCCGAGAUGAACAUCAAGGCCCCCAAGAUCUCCAUGCCCGACAUCGACCUGAACCUGAAGGGCCCCAAAGUCAAGGGGGGUGUGGAUGUCUCCGUCCCCAAAUUGGAGGGCGGCCUGAAAGGUCCGGAUGUGAACAUUAAAGGUCCGAAGUUGGAUGUGGACGUUCCUGAUGUGGACGUUGAAGGGCCCGAGGGGAAGUGGAAGGGACCCAAGAUCAAGAUGCCUGAGAUGAACAUCAAGGCACCGAAAUUUUCUCUGCCUGAUGUUGACCUGAACUUGAAAGGUCCCAAACUCAAGGGAGACGUGGGCGUGUCUGCCCCAAAAAUAGAAGGUGACGUGAAAGUGCCGGAUCUGGAGUUGGAAGGACCCAAAGUGAACGUGGAUGUCCCCGACAUCGAAAUGGAGGGCCCCGAGGGGAAGAUCAAAGGCCCCAAGUUCAAGAUGCCCGAGAUGCACUUCAAGGCCCCCAAGAUCUCCAUGCCCGACUUUGAUCUCAACCUGAAGGGCCCCAAAGUGAAGGGAGAUGUGGAUGUGUCCAUCCCGAAAAUUGAAGGAGAUUUGAAGGCCCCAGAUGUCGACAUCAAAGGCCCCAAGGUCAAUGUGGAUCUCCCCGACGUCGACCUGGAGUGUCCUGAGGGGAAGCUGAAGGGCCCCAAGUUCAAGAUGCCCGAGAUGCACAUCAAGGCCCCCAAGAUCUCCAUGCCCGACAUCGACCUGAACCUGAAAGGCCCCAAACUAAAGGGGGAUGUGGACAUUUCUGCCCCCAAACUGGAAGGUGACCUGAAGGGCCCAGACGUGGAUAUCAAGGGUCCCAAACUGGACGUUGAAGCUCCCGACGUGAACAUUGACCUGCCAGAGGGGAAGGUGAAGGGCCCCAAGUUCAAGAUGCCCGAGAUGCACUUCAAGGCCCCCAAGAUCUCCAUGCCCGACUUCGAUCUCAACCUGAAGGGCCCCAAGGUCAAAGGUGACGUCGAUGUGUCCAUGCCAAAGCUCGAAGGGGACCUGAAAGGGCCGGAGGUGUCACUGAAAGGUCCAAAAGUGGAUGUAGAGGUUCCCGACGUGGAGCUGGAGUGUCCAGAAGGGAAGAUCAAAGGCCCCAAGUUCAAGAUGCCUGAGAUGCACAUCAAGGCCCCCAAGAUCUCCAUGCCCGACUUUGAUCUCAACUUGAAGGGCCCCAAAGUGAAGGGUGACGUCAAUGUUUCUGCUCCCAAGCUGGAAGGGGACGUGAAGGGCCCUGAACUGGACAUCAAAGGCCCCAAGAUUGAUGUUGACCUCCCCGACGUUGACCUGGAGUGUCCUGAGGGGAAACUGAAGGGCCCCAAGUUCAAGAUGCCCGAGAUGCACUUCAAAACCCCCAAGAUCUCCAUGCCCGACAUCGACCUGAACCUGAAGGGGCCCAAACUGAAGGGAGACGUCGAUGUCUCUGUUCCAAAGCUCGAGGGAGACCUGAAAGCCCCAGACGUUGACAUCAAGGGCCCCAAAGUAAACGUGGACCUCCCCGAUGUUGAGCUGGAGUGUCCAGAAGGGAAGAUCAAAGGCCCCAAGUUCAAGAUGCCCGAGAUGCACAUCAAGGCCCCCAAGAUCUCCAUGCCCAACGUCGACUUCAACCUCAAAGGCCCCAAAGUCAAGGGGGACAUCGAUGUCUCUGUCCCUAAACUGGAAGGUGACCUGAAAGCCCCAGAACUGGACAUCAAGGGCCCCAAGGUGGACAUUGAAGCACCCGACGUGGACAUUCAUGGGCCUGAGGGGAAAUUCAAGAUGCCCAAGUUCAAGAUGCCCAAAUUUGGGCUGAAGGGAGAAGGCCCCGAGGUCGACGUGAACCUCCCAAAGGGAGACCUGGAUGUGUCCGGCCCCAGGGUGGACGUUGAGAUGCCGAGUGUGGACAUUGAGGGUCCAGAGGGGAAGGUGAAGGGCCCCAAGUUCAAGAUGCCUGAGAUGCAUUUUAAGACUCCCAAGAUCUCCAUGCCCGACAUCGACCUGAACCUGAAGGGCCCCAAAGUCAAGGGCGAUGUCGAUGUUUCCCUUCCCAAAGUGGAAGGGGAUCUGAAGGGCCCUGAAAUGGACAUCAAAGGCCCCAAAGUCAACGUGGACCUCCCCGAUGUUGAGCUGGAAAGUCCUGAGGGGAAGAUCAAAGGCCCCAAGUUCAAGAUGCCCGAGAUGCACAUCAAGGCCCCCAAGUUCUCCAUGCCCGACGUCGACUUCAGCCUGAAGGGCCCCAAAGUGAAAGGAGACGUCGAUGUGUCCCUCCCAAAGCUUGAGGGUGACCUGAAAGGGCCUGAACUGGACAUCAAAGGCCCCACAGUCGACGUUGAUGUGCCAGACGUGGACAUUCACGGCCCUGAAGGGAAGAUCAAGUUCCCCAAGUUCAAGAUGCCCAAAUUUGGGAUGCCCGGGGUCAAGGCAGAAGGCCCCGAGGUGGACGUGAGCCUCCCGACAGGAAACCUGGAUGUGUCCGGCCCCACGGUGGACAUUGAAGGUCCGGAGGUGGACGUGGAGCUGCCAGAGGGGAAGGUGAAGGGCCCCAAGUUCAAGAUGCCCGAGAUGCACAUCAAGGCCCCCAAGAUCUCCAUGCCUGAUGUCGACUUCAGCCUCAAAGGCCCCAAACUGAAGGGAGAUGUCGAUGUUUCUGUUCCCAAACUUGAGGGUGAUCUGAAAGCUCCAGACAUCGACAUCAAAGGCCCCAGAGUCAAUGUCGAUCUCCCCGACGUUGAUUUGGAAGGUCCUGAGGGGAAGAUCAAAGGCCCCAAGUUCAAGAUGCCCGAGAUGAACAUCAAGGCCCCCAAGAUCUCCAUGCCCGACGUCGACUUCAGCCUGAAGGGCCCCAAAGUCAAGGGGGACAUCGAUGUCUCCGUCCCCAAGCUGGAAGGGGACCUGAAGGGCCCAGAACUGGACAUCAAGGGCCCCAAGGUGGACAUUGAAGCUCCUGACGUGGACAUUCACGGCCCAGAAGGGAAGAUCAAGUUCCCCAAGUUCAAGAUGCCCAAAUUUGGGAUGCCCGGGGUCAAGGCAGAAGGCCCUGAGGUGGGCGUGAACCUCCCAAAGGGAGACCUGGAUGUGUCCGGCCCCAAUGUGGACAUUGAAGGUCCGGAGGUGGACGUGGAGCUGCCAGAGGGGAAGAUCAAAGGCCCCAAGUUCAAGAUGCCCGAGAUGCACAUCAAGGCCCCCAAGAUCUCCAUGCCCGACGUCGACUUCAACCUCAAAGGCCCCAAACUGAAGGGAGACGUGGACGUGUCCCUUCCAAAGCUGGAAGGUGACCUGAAAGCCCCGGACAUCGACAUCAAAGGCCCCAAUGUCAACGUGGACCUGCCUGAUGUUGAGCUGGAAGGUCCCGAGGGGAAGAUCAAAGGCCCCAAGUUCAAGAUGCCCGAGAUGCACAUCAAGGCCCCCAAGAUCUCCAUGCCCGACGUCGACUUCAGCCUGAAGGGCCCCAAAGUCAAGGGGGAUGUCGAUGUCUCUGUCCCAAAGCUGGAGGGUGACCUGAAAGCUCCCGAAAUUGACCUCCAGGGCCCCAAAGUGGACAUUGAAGCUCCUGACGUGGACAUUCACGGCCCAGAAGGGAAGAUCAAAAUGCCCAAGUUCAAGAUGCCCAAAUUCGGCUUUUCUGGGCCCAAAGUGGAAGGCCCUGAGGUGGACGUGAACCUCCCCGAGGCCGAGGUCAACAUUUCGGGUCCAAAAGUCGACGUUUCCGUCCCCGACCUGGACAUUGAGGGCCCCGAAGGGAAACUGAAGGGCCCCAAGUUCAAGACGCCGGAGCUGCAGUUCAACGUGCCCAAGAUCUCCAUGCCCGACAUCGACCUGAACCUGAAAGGCCCCAAACUGAAAGGUGACCUCGAUGCUUCUCUUCCCAAGGUCGAGGGAGAGCUGAAAGGCCCCAAAGUGGACAUCAAGGGGCCGGAGCUUGAGCUGGAGGGGCCAAAGGUUGACCUGGAAGGAAAAGCUAAAAAAUCCAGGUUUAAACUUCCCAAGUUUGGCUUUUCUGGCCCAAAGGUUCAAAGCCCCGAGGUGGAUGUGAAGCUUAAAAAACCUGAGGUGGAGCUGUCAGGCCCAAAAGUCGAGGUCCAGGCUCCGGAUUUGGACGUGCAGGGAAAAUCCAAGGGCUCCAAAUUCAAAAUGCCUUUUCUGAACAUUUCUUCCCCCAAAGUCUCGAUGCCGGACGUGGAGCUGAACCUGAAGGGCCACAAAAUGAAGGGGGAGUUUGACCUGUCCACCCCCAAACUGGAAGGGGAGCUGAAAGGUCCUGAGGUGGACGUCAAGGGCCCCAAGGUCAACAUCGAGGCCCCCGAUGUGGACGUUCACGGCCCGGAGGGGAAGAUCAAAAUGCCCAAGUUCAAAAUGCCCAAAUUUGGUGUUCCUGGGUUUAAAGGGGAGGGGCCAGAGGUGGACGUGAACCUGCCAACAGGAGAGCUGGACGUGUCCGGUCCUAAAGUGGACAUUGAAGGUCCGGAGUUGGACAUUGAGGGGCCGGAGGGGAAGAUCAAAGGCCCCAAGUUCAAGAUGCCCGAGAUGAACAUCAAAGCCCCCAAAAUCUCCAUGCCCGACAUCGACCUCAACCUGAAGGGCCCCAAAGUGAAGGGGGACGUGGACGUGUCCCUGCCCCAGGUGGACCUGAAAGGACCCAAGGUGGACGUGGAAGUUCCCGACGUCGAUGUAGAAGGUCCGAAAGGGAAAAUCAAAGGCCCCAAAUUCAAAAUGCCCGAGAUGAACAUCAAAGCUCCCAACCUCUCCAUGCCGGACCUGGACCUCAACCUGAAGGGCCCCAAGGUCAGAGGGGGGGUGGAAGUCGAUCUGUCGGCGCCAAAAAUCGAAGGGGACCUGAGCUUGCCGGAUGUCGACAUCAAAGGCCCCAAGGUGGACAUGGAAGGUCCGGAGGUGGACAUUGACCUACCAGAGGGGAAGGUGAAGGGCCCCAAGUUCAAGAUGCCCGAGAUGCACAUCAAGGCCCCCAAGAUCUCCAUGCCCGACGUCGACUUCAACCUCAAAGGACCCAAACUGAAGGGUGACAUCGAUGUUUCUGCUCCAAAGCUGGAAGGGGACUUGAAGGGCCCCGAAAUCGACAUCAAGGGCCCCAAAGUGGACGUUGAUGUGCCCGAUGUGGACAUUCAUGGGCCUGAGGGGAAAUUCAAGAUGCCCAAGUUCAAGAUGCCCAAAUUUGGGCUGAAGGGAGAAGGCCCCGAGGUGGACGUGAACCUCCCGACAGGAAACCUGGAUGUGUCCGGCCCCAGGGUGGACGUUGAAGGUCCGGAGGUGGACGUGGAGCUGCCAGAGGGGAAGAUCAAAGGCCCCAAGUUCAAGAUGCCCGAGAUGCACUUCAAAACCCCUAAGAUCUCCAUGCCCGACAUCGACCUGAACCUGAAGGGCCCCAAAUUGAAGGGGGAUGUUGAUGUUUCCCUUCCCAAAGUGGAAGGGGACCUGAAAUGUCCUGAAAUUGACAUCAAAGGCCCCAAAGUCGAUGUUGACCUGCCUGAUGUUGAGCUGGAAGGUCCCGAGGGGAAAAUCAAAGGCCCCAAGUUCAAGAUGCCCGAGAUGAACAUCAAGGCCCCCAAGAUCUCCAUGCCAGACUUCGAUCUCAACCUGAAGGGCCCCAAAAUGAAGGGAGAUGUGGAUGUGUCACUGCCGAGUGUGGAAGGAGACCUGACAGGGCCGAAGGUGGACGUGAAAGGCCCCGAAUUCGAUGUUUCUGCCCCAGAUGUUCAAAUCGAAGGCCCCGAAGGGAAGAUCAAAGGCCCCAAGUUCAAGAUGCCCGAGAUGAACAUCAAGGCCCCCAAGAUCUCCAUGCCUGACUUUGACCUUAACCUGAAGGGCCCCAAAGUGAAAGGUGACAUUGAUGUUUCUGCUCCAAAGCUGGAAGGGGACCUGAAAGGUCCCGAACUUGACAUCAAAGGCCCCAAACUCGAUGUUGACCUGCCUGAUGUUGAGCUGGAAGGUCCUGAGGGGAAGAUCAAAGGCCCCAAGUUCAAGAUGCCCGAGAUGCACAUCAAGGCCCCCAAGAUCUCCAUGCCCGACGUCGACUUCAACCUCAAAGGACCCAAACUAAAGGGCGAUGUGGACGUGUCCCUUCCAAAGCUGGAAGGUGACCUGAAGGGCCCUGAAAUCGACAUCAAGGGCCCCAAGGUGGACGUUGAUGUGCCCGACGUGGACAUUCACGGGCCUGAGGGAAAAUUCAAGAUGCCCAAGUUCAAGAUGCCCAAAUUUGGGCUGAAGGGAGAAGGCCCCGAGGUGGACGUGAACCUCCCGACAGGAAACCUGGAUGUGUCCGGCCCCAAGGUGGACGUUGAAGGUCCAGAGGUGGACGUGGAGCUGCCAGAGGGGAAGGUGAAGGGCCCCAAGUUCAAGAUGCCCGAGAUGCACAUCAAGGCCCCCAAGAUCUCCAUGCCCGACGUCGACCUCAACCUGAAGGGCCCCAAACUGAAGGGGGAUGUUGAUGUUUCCCUUCCCAAAGUGGAAGGGGACCUGAAAGCCCCAGACAUCGACAUCAAAGGCCCCAAAGUCGAUGUCGAUCUCCCUAAUGUUGAGCUGGAAGGUCCCGAGGGGAAAAUCAAAGGUCCCAAGUUCAAGAUGCCCGAGAUGCACAUCAAGGCCCCCAAGAUCUCCAUGCCCGACGUCGACUUCAGCCUGAAGGGCCCCAAAGUCAAGGGGGACAUCGAUGUCUCCGUCCCCAAGCUGGAAGGGGACCUGAAGGGCCCAGAACUGGACAUCAAGGGCCCCAAGGUGGACAUUGAAGCUCCUGACGUGGACAUUCACGGCCCUGAAGGGAAGAUCAAGUUCCCCAAGUUCAAGAUGCCCAAAUUUGGGAUGCCUGGGGUCAAGGCAGAAGGCCCCGAGGUGGACGUGAACCUCCCGACAGGAAACCUGGAUGUGUCCGGCCCCAAGGUGGACAUUGAAGGUCCGGAGGUGGACGUGGAGCUGCCAGAGGGGAAGGUGAAGGGCCCCAAGUUCAAGAUGCCCGAGAUGCACAUCAAGGCCCCCAAGAUCUCCAUGCCUGACAUCGACCUGAACCUGAAGGGCCCCAAGGUCAAAGGUGACGUGGACGUGUCCCUGCCCGCUGUGGAAGGAGAGCUGAAAGGGCCCGAGGUCAACGUCACUGCCCCCGACGUUGCCAUCGACAGCCCCGAGGGCAAAUUCAAGCUGCCCAAGUUCAAGAUGCCCAAAUUCUCCAUGCCUGGGUUCAAAGGGGACGGGGUGGACGCUGACCUGGCCCUCCCCAAGGGCGACGUGUCCAUUUCGGGCCCCAGCGUGGAUGUGGAGGCUCCUGAGCUGAGCGUGGAGGGCAAAGUCAAAGGUCCCAAAUUUUCCAUGCCCGAGAUGCACAUCAAGGCCCCCAAGAUCUCCAUGCCCGACGUCGACUUCAACCUGAAGGGUCCCAAAGUGAAGGGAGACGUCGACGUCUCCCUCCCAAAGCUUGAGGGUGACCUGAAAGCCCCCGACAUCGACAUCAAGGGCCCCAAAGUCAAUGUCGAUCUCCCUGAUGUUGAUUUGGAAGGUCCUGAGGGGAAGAUCAAAGGCCCCAAGUUCAAGAUGCCCGAGAUGCACAUCAAGGCCCCCAAGAUCUCCAUGCCCGACGUCGACUUCAGCCUGAAGGGCCCCAAAGUCAAGGGGGACAUCGACGUCUCUGUCCCCAAGCUGGAGGGGAACCUGCAGUGCCCAGAUGUCGACCUCAAGGGCCCCAAGGUGGACAUUCAGGCGCCGGACGUGACCCUGGAGGGGCCCAAGGUCAAGAUGCCCGAAAUUCACGUCAAGACCCCCCAGAUCUCCAUGCCUGACAUCGACCUGAACCUGAAGGGCCUGAAGGUCAAAGGUGACGCCGACCUGCACGGCCCCAAGCUCGAGGGGGGUCUGAAGGGCCCCGAGGUCGACAUCAAAGGCCCCAAAGUCGACAUUGAGGGCCCGGCGGUCGACGUCGAUGGUCUGGAGGGGAAAGUGAAGCUGCCCAAAAUGAAAAUGCCCAAAUUUGGCUUGAAGGGCGAAGGUCCCGACGUGGACGUGAACUUGCGGAAGGCCGAGGUGGAUCUGUCUGGCCCCAAGGUCGAUGUCAGCCUGCCAGAGGUCAACGUUGAAGGUCUGGAGGGCAAAGUGAAAGGUCCUAAACUGAAAAUGCCCGAAAUGCACGUGAACGUCCCCAAAAUCUCCAUGCCCGAGAUAGACUUGAGCUUGAAGGGCCACAAAACCAAGGGCGGCUUUGACAUUUCCACCCCAAAGGUGGAAGGUCACCUGAAAGGCCCCGAGGUCGACCUCAAAGGCCCAGAACUGGGGGUCAAAGGCCCUGAAGUUGACGUUGAAUGUCCUGACCUGAGCGUCGAGGUCCCAGAAGCCAACAUCAAAGGUCCCAAGUUUAAGAAGUCCAAAUUUGGGUUCGGAAUGAAAAGCCCCAAGGCGGAGGUGGAUUUACCAGAGGCGGAGCUGAACGUGGAGUCACCUGAGGCCCACCUGUCCGGGAAGGGCAAGAAGAGCAAGUUCAAGAUGCCCAAAAUCCACAUGAGCGGCCCCAAAGUGAAGGGGAAGAAGGGGACGUUUGACGUCAACGCGGCGGGGGCCGAGCUGGACGCGGAGCUCAGCAGCGCCGGCCCCGACGUCGCCGUCGGGGGCAACGCCGCCAUGAAGUCCCCCAAAGGCAAGAAACCCAUGUUUGGCAAGAUCUCCUUCCCGGACGUGGAAUUCGACCUCAAAUCGCACAAAUUCCGCGGGGAGGCCUCGGUGGGGGUCCCGAAAGUCGAGGGCGACCUGGAGGUCAAGGGCGACCUCAAGGGCCCGAGCCUCAGCGCCGAUGUCGAAGCUCCUGACGUGAACCUGAAAAGCCCGAAAUUGAAACUCCCCGGGGUGCAGGUGGGCGCGGGGGAGGUGAAAAUCGGGGGGGACCUGAAGGGCCCCGGCAUCGACGUCGACGUUGGCGUGAAAGGACCAAAAGUGAAGGGUGAAGUUGGCAUUGCCGGAGCACAACUGGAAGGUCCCGAGGUGAACCUGGGAUGGCCCAAGGGGGGGAAAACGGGUUUGGGGCUGGAAAUGCCGGACGUGAGCUCGGAGGUGGACGUGAAGCUCAAAGGGCCCCAAAUCUCCAGACCUGAGGUGGAGGUGAACCUGAAAGGACCAAAAUUAAAGGGAGAUUUGGACAUUUCGGGCUCGGCGGAAGGUCCUGGCCUCGCCCUGGACGCGCCCAGCCUGGACCUCGGCGGCCUGGGGGGGAAGGUGAAGCUGCCCACGGUGAAGCCCCCGACGCUGGAGGUCCAGGGGGGCGUCCCCUGCUCCGUCCAGUCCCCGGGGGCCACCCUGGACCUCAAGGGGCCCUCGCUGGACGUCUCCGGCCCAGAUUUGGAUGUCAGCGCCAAAGGACCAAAGUUGAAAGGAGACGUCGGCGUCAAAUCCCCCCAGGUGUCGGCAGAGGAGUCCGGCUUCGAGAUUUUGGGGGGCACCAUCAAGCUGCCGUCGCUGAAGCUGCCCCAGUUCAGCAUCUCCAGCCCCGGCGUGGACGGGGGGGACGCGGGGGUCACUCUGGAGGGCCCCCAGGUCAAGGGGGGGCUGAAGGGGCUGGAGGGCCCCGAGGUGGAGCUGAAAGGGCCGAAAAUCUCCGCGCCGGACGUUGACCUGAGGCUGAAAGGACCAAACGUGGACGUGGCCGGAGACAUCAAAGGGCCGAAGGUCAGCAUGGAAGCCCCUCACGGAGGGGUGGGCGUCCACCUGGAGGCUCCGGCCCUGGGGGCGUCCGGCUCGGGAUCGAACGUCAACGUGAAAGGGCCGAAGGUGAAAGGCGGGGCCGAGGUGACGCCGCCGUCGGUCGGCGCCGGUUCCGGAGGCUUCCACGCCUCCUGCCCCAAGGCGGGCACCGAGGGCGGCCAGGUCAAGGUGUCCUUCCCCAAGCUGCGGAUGCCGAAGUUCGUCUUCUCGGAGCCCGAGGCCAAGGGCCGCGAGGUCGGCGUGGACGUCGACUUCCCCGGCGCCGACGCGGCCGAGCCGGAGCCGGACGAGGCCGAGGCGCGGCUGAAGAAAUCCAAGCUCAAGAUGCCCAAAUUCAACUUCUCCAAGCAGAAAGGCCGGGCCGGCGGCGUCGGCGGCACCCCGGGGUCCCCCGAGGCGGCGUCGGGCUCGGCGUCCGGCUCCAAGGGCGACCUCAAGAGCUCCAAGGCCAGCCUGGGCCCGGCCGAGGGCGAGCCGGAGGCCGAGGCGCCGGCGGCCAAGGCCAAGUUCUCGCUGUUCCGCAGCAAGAAACCGCGGCCGCGCUCGUCGUCCUUCAGCGACGAGCACUCGGCCGAGGCGGACGGCGCCCGGCAGCCCAAGGGCAAAUUCGGGACCUUCGGGGGCAUCGGCUCCAAGGCCAAGGGCUGCUACGAGGUGACGGCCGGCCACGAGGACGGGGGGCGCGCGCCGGGGUCCCCCGAGGGCCGCCUGUCCUCCUCGUCCUCCUCGGAGGGCGUGGCCCGCGCCGGGAUCCGCGUGCCCGGGCUGGAGCUGGCCGUGGGCAGGCGCAAGGAGUGACCGGCAGCGAGCCCAGCUGUACAUAGGCCUGCACCCAGGGACCCCCGCGUGUACAGAGGGGGGGAGGGGCUGGGGGUCCCCCCCAGGUUUUGGGAUUUUGGGGUUCCCCCCCCCGUGCUCAGAGCUUCAUUUUUUUCUCUCUCAAUUUAUCUUUUUUUUUUUUUUUUUUUUUGAUAUUU